CUCAGUCAGUGCGAUCGCCCGAAAGACCAAGAGCACAGGAUUCACAAAACAGCCUCUGAGGGAUUUACCUGCCUCCAUCCAUCCACGCUGAAUUUCAUUCUGCACUUUAAACGCGUUUUCACAUCAGAUUCGUUGUUUCGCCCUUUUAAACAAAUACUUGUUGUUGGGUUUACUUUAUACACAGAAUAUUGCUGCUGUAAUCAAUUAUUUACACUUUUUGGACUGUAUUGGGGUUACUGGACGCUAAAGACGCGUGGAUGAGCUGCUUUGGUAAAAAUCGGAGAUGGAAUUGCUGCUAACCUGCCUUUUCCUUUGGAUAUUGCAGUCCAGUUCAGCACAGGCGGACUCCAUCAUUCACAUUGGUGCCAUAUUCGAGGAGAACGCUGCGAGAGAUGAUGAAGUUUUUCAGCUGGCCAUCUCAGACCUAAGUCUCAACGAUGACAUAUUACAGAGUGAAAAAAUAACCCACUCCAUAAAACUUAUCGAGCCCAAUAACCCAUUUCAAGCCGUACAAGAAGCUUGCGAACUAAUGACCCAGGGCAUCCUGGCACUGGUCACAUCCACAGGCUGCGCCUCGGCCAACGCGCUGCAGUCGCUAACCGACGCCAUGCACAUCCCGCACCUGUUCGUGCAGCGUAACCGUGACGGCUCGCCGCGCACCGCCUGUCAGCUGAACCCCAGUCCCAACGGGGAGCGUUACACGCUGGCUGCUCGGCCGCCCGUGCGCCUGAACGACGUCAUACUGCGGCUGGUGAAUGAGCUGCGCUGGCAGAAGUUUAUCGUUUUCUACGACAGUGACUAUGAUAUCCGUGGCCUACAGGGUUUCAUGGACCAGGCAUCUCGCCUGGGUUUGGAUGUGUCACUGCAGCAAGUUGAUCGCAACAUCAGCCGCGUCUUCACGGAUCUCUUCAGCACAAUGCGUACGGAGGAGUUAAAUCGCUACAGGGACACACUGAGACGGGCCAUCCUGCUGCUCAGUCCUCGAGGGGCUCAGGUCUUCAUCCAACAGGCUGUUGAAACCAAUUUGGCCUCCAAAGACAGUCACUGGGUGUUUGUCAAUGAGGAGAUCAGUGAUGCAGAGAUCCUGGAGCUGGUCCACAGUGCUCUGGGACGGAUGACAGUCAUUCGACAGAUCUUCCCCUUAUGGAAAGACAGUAAUGUCCGCUGCAUGAGGAACAACCACCGCAUCUCCUCACUGCUCUGCGAUCCUCAAGAAGGCUACCUUCAGUCUCUGGAGGUGUCCAAUCUGUACCUGUAUGACAGUGUGUUGAUGCUGGCCAACGCCUUCUACAGAAAGCUUGAAGAUCGGAAGUGGCACAGCAUGGCCAGCCUGAACUGCAUGAGGAAGUCCACCAAGCCAUGGAAUGGCGGCUGGUCUAUGCUUGACACAAUACAGAAGGGUCGUAUUACCGGACUUACGGGAACAAUGGACUUCCGAGAUGAUGGUUCAAAUCCUCAUGUGCAGUUUGAGAUCCUGGGAAGCAGUUACAGUGAAACUUUUGGAAAAGAUGUUAAGCGAGUGGCAACAUGGGACUCGGCUCGAGGACUUAACGGUAGCCUGAAAGAGAGCCGCAUCGAGAAUGGCAUGCAGGGUGUGACGAUCAAAGUGGUGACACUGCCGGAGGAGCCCUUUGUCAUGGUUGCGGAAAAUAUUCUUGGGCAACCCAAGCGAUAUAAAGGAUUUUCCAUCGACAUUCUUGACGCAUUAGCCAAGAACCUGGGCUUCAAAUACGAGAUCUACCAGGUAGCGGAUAACAUAUAUGGCAGUCAGCUACCUAAUGGUUCCUGGAACGGCAUGAUCGGAGAACUUAUCAACAAGAGGGCAGACUUGGCUAUAUCGGCAAUCACAAUCACCCCAGAACGGGAGAAUGUAGUGGACUUCAGUAUGCGUUACAUGGACUACUCAGUGGGGAUUCUGUUGCGCAAGCCAGAGGAGAAAGUUAACAUCUUCUCGCUGUUUGCGCCCUUUGACCUGGCGGUAUGGUCCUGCAUAGCUGCUGCCAUCCCUAUAGUGGGAGUUUUGAUAUUUGUCCUCAGGAGGAUACAGUCAGUGCGCAACCCCUCAGCAGCCCAUCAACCAACCUCCCUCAAUAGCGCCAUCUGGUUAGUCUACGGAUCUUUUGUUCAGCAAGGUGGGGAUUCGAUGGUGACCUCCAUGGCCCUGAAGAUAGUAAUGGGAAGCUGGUGGCUCUUUACCCUCAUCGUAUGCUCCUCCUACACGGCCAACCUUGCAGCGUAUCUCACUGUGUCCCGCCUAGACAACACCAUUCGCACCUUCCAGGACCUUUCCAAGCAGAAUGACCUCACCUACGGCACAGUGAGAAAUUCUGCAGUGUAUGACUACUUCAAGGCCAAAGGUACAAAUCCUCUGGAGCAGGACAGCACCUUCGCAGAACUCUGGAGAACAAUUAACAAGAACAAUGGGCAGGACCACUCCGUCUCCAGCCCUUCUGAAGGCAUCCGCAAGGCUAAGAUUGAGGCGUAUGCCUUUCUGUGGGACAUGGCGGUCGUGGAAUACGCUGCCCUGACCGAUGAUGACUGCACCAUCACCGUUACUGGAAACAGUGUGAGCAGCAAAGGAUAUGGAAUCGCAUUGCAGCACGGGAGUCCAUACAGAGACCUCUUUUCCCAGAAGAUUCUGGAGCUGCAGGAGAAAGGGGACCUGGACAUCCUGAAGCAGAAGUGGUGGCCCCGCACGGGCCGCUGUCACCUGGACAGCCAGGCCAGCUCGCAACCCGACAGCCAAGCGCUGAAGCUGCACAGCUUCGCCGGCGUCUUCUGCAUACUGGCGGCGGGCCUGCUGCUGGCCUGUCUGGUGGCCGGCUUGGAGAUGUGGUGGAGCAGUAAUCGCUGCCGGCAGGAGCGGCCAAAAGAGGUUACUAAGGAUUACAGACUGGCAAGGGUUUCUGGUCCAUUGAUAUAUAAUGAUAUUACAACUGCUUCAUCGGAAGGGAGGAAGGACAUAUGGACAGAGAGUGUGAGAGACUGGGAUGAAGCAGAAGCUAUUGACACAGGACAAAGAGGUGAAUCUGGAGCAGGUACAUCGGCGUUUGAACAGCAUUAUGGACGAGGACCUCGUGCACAAGCAGAUUCCCACCCAGUCUAUCGAGAUUUCUGCGUUGGACAUCGGCAGCAUGCCGCCCAGCCAAGCUCUGGAGCCAGGCCGGGACUUUCCGGGCACAGGGCUGUCUGUGAGCACCUUCCUUCCGGAGCAGGCACCUGGAGUAGGCAGGACGCUGGCAGACGGUCCUAUCCGAACACUUCCCCUCUCUCACAGGAGCUCCACCAUUCCCUCCAUCCCAUGCAAACACAGAUCUCCCAACGGGGGUCUCUUCCGCCAGAGUCCUGUCAAAAUGCCCAUGCCAAUGUCUUACCAAUCAAUGCCCAGAGGACACAUCCCCGAAGCCAUUGAACUCACACAUGGGACUUCUAUCUGAUUUUGUCCAAUCAUUGUUCUGACCUGAUUCAGAUAGAGGAGAAGAAGAAGAUGAAGGGGCGUAUAUUAAAGAAUAAGAAAGUCAGCAUUUUUAACAAAAAUUUAAGUUACAGUAUAAAACAGAAAAUUUGUUGUACAUAUCUGUAAAUAAAGACUGGGGUGAGGUACAAAAGUGUAUUUUGAAUAUUCUCAGUUUUUGAAGUUGAGUUAAAAAAACAAAAAGAGUAAAAAAAUUAAAAUGACUGUUUGAAUGGCUUUGUAAAUUUUGUUCUAUAUGAAUAAAGAUGCACAUUCCUUGUGGUUUUCUAA